AUGGAAAAAGAAAUAGAAUGUCAAACAGAAGUAGUAGAUGAUAUAUCAAAAGGAAUAAAAAUUUCUGAAAAAUUAAAUAGCAUAUUAAUUCUUUAUGCAAAAAACAUGAUAUUACAUAAUCCAGUAAGAGGUUAUGAAAGUGAAAAUGAAAAUAUAAUAAAAAAAAGAAUUUAUGAAUGGUCGAAAGAAUAUUUUAGAAAAUUGCUUGAUGAAAAUGAAGUGAAUAAGAAUAUAAAAGAAGAUAUAAAGUGUGAUUUAAUUUCUACUCAUACUGAUAGCAAUGCAAUAAAAGAUAAAAUUAAAAAGGAAAUAGAAAGAGUAAAUUUUAAUAUAAAGAAUGAUUAA